AUGGCCGAGCUUCCCAGUGUGUCCGGGCCUCCCAAAGAACGCAGAAUCAACAUUCUGUUAAUCAACCCGAACUCCACCGAAUACAUGACACUGGACUGUUUAAAGACCAUCGCGCCUAGUCUACCCCCAGAUGUCACAGUCCACGGGUUUACUGCGCCACAACCCGCACCGACAGCAAUCGAAUCCCAAACAGAUGCGGUGCUUUCCGCCGCAGCUUGCAUAAGGGCAAUCCAACCCAUUGCAGACCACUAUGACGCAUUCCUAGUUGCAUGCUUUCGAGACCACCCCCUUAUCAGUGUCCUAAAGGAAGAAUUCUCGCAGCCUGUUCUCGGCAUAAUGGAGGCUGCGAUGUAUGCUGCGCGCAUGCUUGGAGACAAAAUGGGAAUUAUCUGCAUGUCCGACCGGUCUGUAAUGGCCCAUUCUCGCACUGUCUCCGUUCAUGGGUUUUCGGAUUACUUUGCUGGAUGUGAAUCUACCAAAUUGGGUGUAUUGGAGUUGGACUCGAAACCGAAAGAAGAAGUGAAGGCCAACCUAGCAGAGAAGCUUCGUCGGUUAGUGGAAGAAAAGGGUGCGGACUGUGUUUUGCUGGGCUGCGCAGGCAUGACUGAGUUUCGAGAUAACUGUAAGGAAGCUUCAUUAAAAGGGACUGGGGCUGUGAUCUUGGAUGGUGUGACCAUAGGAGUUCAGUUUCUUGUUGGAUUGGUCAGAGAAGAUCUGGUAACUGCUAAAUAUGGCGCGUAUCGAAGUUCUGCCACAGAUAGGCUGAUGAGAAAUCAAAAUUGGCUAUGA